GUUCAAAUUGAUCUUUUCCGAACAGAAAGGUGCAUUUUCUGGCUUGAAUGUCCAUCAACGGUAGCACAGGUGUACUGACACAUUGUUAUGAACGUGGGAAAAUAAGCAACUUGGAAGAAUGUCUUUCAAAAUUGUUAGCUUGCUGAAGAAUAGUCAAGCCUUUGAUUUGAAGGAGCUUGUGCACAGCAUCAUUGACUCGGCUGUGGAGCUGCACGGUGGCAGGGACACUACCCAGGCAGAGGGAGAUGGCAGAGUGGAUUCCACUCUCUGCAAACAGCAGGUGUCGGAAGUGAUCCUGUUCUUGCUGGACUCCAUGCAAGCUGACCCAGAAUGCAUCGCUCCGUCGGAUCUCAUCCGAUUGGUCGAGACCGUGGGCUACGGUGCAAUAGAGCAGUCUCACUUGCAAGGUCAACAGAGGUCACACAGUGAGGAGAUGAUGCAGUCGGUUUACAAACUCUUCGCUGCUAUAUUACUGACUCCUAACAUGUCAGGGUAUCGGGAGUUAAAAUCUAGAAUCCAACAGACAUGUUUAGAAGGCCUUUGCAGUUACAGUGAGGAACAGCGGUUGCUGGUCAACCUGACAUUAGUAGAAAAUGAUGACGGAAAGACUUCAAGCUCCUCAUCAGCGUUUUCAAUAAAAGACAUCUCGGAGAUUCUGUAUUACACCUUAAAGACAGCUGGACCAUGGGACACCGAUUCAGAGUACCCACAUGUGGGUGUUGAAGACUCUUGGCUCGAAGACUGCUUCAGGCAUCUCUUGGACAUCUUGGAGUACAGCGAUGCAGCCACUUGCUCACAUGCCUCAGGGAUCUUGCUUCCAAAGUUACUGAGUUUGUCGAAAGACAAACUUGAGAUCCGGCUUUCCUCGAUCUGGCAGAGACUCCUCAAUGUUUACAGAACUGCAGCAGACGAGAAAUCCAAACAGACCUCUAAUGUGUACAUUGCUCUGUGUGGUCUUUCAGAGUUUUACAUCCCUGUUGUAUUACCUUCCACCCCUGAUCAACAAUCUGCCUCUUCUAGCUUGCUCGCUGACGGUGCCUUUUGGAGAGUGGUUCAGGCGGGUCUUGUCCACACGGACCCUCUUGCUCGCAAGCAGGCGUGUUUCCUGAUGAAGCGAUCCAUCGAAAGUGCAUCAGUAAAUCAUGUAACGAUCCCUAACGAAUCUACAGUGCUUUCAGCAGCUGGGAUUGCCACAUGCCAAGAACAGUCUUCAGAGCCAGGGUGUACUGCCUCGGAAGCUGCUUCCUUAUUCUGGUGGUCUCCAGAUUCUCAGAAGAAGCUGUUAGCUGUCUGGGGAGAUUUCUUCCUGAUGUAUGAGACACUGGAUGAGGUUCAGGUACAUGUUGUGACACCUGUGAUGCCCAGAAUGACUUCUCUGAUUCAAGCUGCUUCCACUUUGCAUUCAAGUGGCAGACGCAUUCUGCAUCCAUCAUGGUUGACCGUUCUGUUCUCCCGAUGUUUUGUGCAUGAAACCAAAACUGUCUCAAAGUGGGGAUUACUGGAGUAUCUACGGCUGGACAUCGCAUCCUGUCCUGUGUUGCAGGACAUUGGAAUGGAGUUUUUGUUGGGCACUGUUUUGCCUGUGCUGAAUGAUGACAGCCUGUAUGCUGGCAAGUCCCGGGGUAUGGUGGCCCGACCACUCAUCGCAGAAGCAUUCACAGGAUUCAUGCAUUCAUGCAUCAAGAUUCUUGGAAAACAAGAUAGUGAAUCUUUCUUGCGGAAGUUUCUUGCAGCAGUUUCUGGUCAAUCCUGGAGCCCCGUUAGUCUGACGUUUGUCUUUGAUACAUUGACACACCUCCCUGAAUGCAGUGCAUGGGGACCAUCUGAACUACAGCUUCUGAGAGAGAUGCAGUUUUCCUGUGUCGGCAUGCUGCCACUCACUUAUCGUAGUGUCGUGCAGUGCCUAAUGCUGCAGGCUGUGCUGAAGUUACUUGACAAGACCACAACCAGUCUCCAGCAGCUGUCUGGCCUGUUGGGACUCUUCAACAUUUGUCUGUGUAGGGGCAGUCCUCUGUGGAAACAGGUAUGUGAGUGGUUUACAGCGAGCCAGUACACCCAGAUAUUUGGUUCAAGUGGUGACAUGGUGGCUGUUGUACGCUCUGAGGUCGCUACCUUACUGACCUUUGACCUUGGUCUAUUGUCAAAUGCUUCCAUGGAUCUAGCGGACAGUGGAGAGUCUUCCAGAGUAGCUUGUCUGGUGCUGCUUGCAGUAGAUACUCAGCACACAAACGUAGAAAGUGGUUCAUCACUGCCUUCUAGUCAUCCAUCUGAUGGUGAGUCUUCUCUGCAAGGUAUCCUGGCUCCAUUGAUUACGGUCCUGUCCAGUAUCGGCAGCCACAUCUAUCUACCAAUCAUUAAGGCUGACACGGCCCUUCAGCUUCUGCAUGGUAUAUUACAGUACCUCCUCCAUCCAAGCCCCGAUGAAGAAUCAACUGAUAAGGAUCAAGUGAGGCAAGAAAUGUUCUCUGUGUUGUCCUCAUGCCUGGAGGAAAUGUAUUCCUUCAUAAACCGACGCCUUCUUUCAUCUGAUAUAGCCCAGUCAGCAGAUAUCAGCAGGGUUUCACUGUACAUCUCCGUCCUGGAGUCUACCCAUGCCUUCUUGAAGAAAUGCCCAAGAUACUCCCUCCUGAGGAAUGUUCUUGCCAAUGGACAGACCAGAUUGACAGAGUGCUGUAAGCUUCUCAUGACUCAAAGCAUGGAGAAUAAAGAGAAAAAUUCCCUGCUGGGCCACUUUCAGGCGUUUGUAGCCUGCCGUCUGCUUCUGUGGUUGUUACAGAUGAACCGUGGUAGCGAUUUACUCAAAUUGCCGUGGGAUACGCUGUCACCAUUGCUAACUUUCAAAGACGAUGCAACUACCCUCAAGGGCAUGCCCAAUGCUAGUGCCACCACAUCCCUUCGCAAAAUCUCCAACCUGUUAUUGUGCACCAAGUGGCAGUGCUUUAGUAUACUGCUUCGGGAUCGUGGAUCAGGCACUGCACUAUUUCCUGUUGGCCAAUCAGAUGAAGCGAUUCUCGCUGCUUGUGUCAGGGAUCUUACGUUGGUCAAGGGUCCUGAUGCAGUGCCAAUAAUGCAGUGUGCCAAGGUGCUGGUGAACAAGAUUGGUCAGGACACCAUAUCCCUGUGUCUGGACCUAGUGGAUGCUGCCUGGUCUACCUCCCUGGAUGAGUGGAGGGGGAAAGCUCAGAAGUUCUGGUUUGUUUACUCCUCGGCAGUGGAGCUGAUCUUCCAACAGUGCUUCUUGGUGGCGGAGGAGGGAACAGAGAUACAUGAUGCUCUGGCCAAGGUCAUUGGCAACAUCUUAACCCUUGGUGAGGGUAAACCCAAGAUUGUAGCAGUCUUUGCCAGGCAUCUGUGCAGUCAGUGGGCAAGUCAGCUGGACGAUGAGGAGGGUAGGACACCAGCCCUGAAAGCCAUCACCAAUCACCUGCCGUUACUGAUACAGAUGUGCAGUAUGGGAUCGAGAGUCAGUAAAGAUAUCAAGCUACAGCAAGACACCAGUGUGUACUUGCUACAACUGAGCAAUCUUCAGGCUGUAAAGGACGAUAUCGUCGCAUGUGUAGAACAGAGAUCUGGCCAGCGGAGGGUCAUUCUGAUGAAUUUCUUGUUGCUUAUUGCAACAACCAGAUCAACUGAAUGUUGCCAAAUCAUCACUGUCUUCCUGCAGGGGUUGUUGAAAAAGUUUCUUGAGUUGAAGACUAGCACAACACGCAGUUACACCAUGAACACCCAGCUGCACAGACAGAAUAUCCGAAUCUGGCAGACGCUACUGGUUCUUACAUCAUAUGUACGCAAGGACCAUGCUGGCCAGAUGCUAGAGGACGUCUUGACAUCAGUAGUCCGAGAGAAGCAAUCUUCAGUCCGGUAUCUCAUGAUAUGGGUGGCUACCCAGCUACUGAUGCUUGUACCAAGCCUGGAGGAGAGAGUAUGGGAUCAUGUACACAAACUGAGGGAGACAAUGGAGAGUAACGUCUGCCCACUAUUCAUACUGAUUGCACAUCUGGGUAUGGUACAGCCAGACGGACAGCGAAAGGAAUCCUUCUACCAGCGUGCUUUCCCCGUGGUGUUACCGUGGGCUCUGGUGCAGACAUCCUCCAUCAGACAUCUUGCUCUGCUCUGCAUCAAGAAGAUGUGGCAAGAUUGCGUGGAGGCAGGACUAGGCAGUGUUAAUGACGCGUUCCCGCUGCUGCAGUCGUGUAUGCGCUUUCUUCAAGAUGGCAUGUCUGCCAUGUCAUCACAAAACAAACUAGACAGUUAUUUCUUCCUUUUCAAAGUCCAUCCUGUGCAAGAUUAUACCAUGGAGGUACGUCAUUUUAUCCCAAGUUUCAGACAAUUUGGACACUUUUCUGAAUCCCCAGUUAUUGCAUUAAUUAACCCUUUUGCACAUUCUUCAUGAUUACUAUAUAUAUGG